UUUCAGGCCAUCUUGCUCUGAGUCAAGAUUCCUCCUUCUGAACAUGGGACUUUCCAGAAGGACCACAGCUCCUUCCAUGCAUCCUGUGGGUCUGGGAUGUUCUGGGCUUUGACUGUGAAGGAGUUUUCUGCCUCUCCAGAGGAGGAUGGCCAAGGGGUCCCUGUGGAGUCUACUUCUCUGGGAAGCACUACUUCGCAUUGCAGUUACUGGUGCCCAAGUGCUGAGCAAGGUGGGGGACUCCGUGCUGCUGGCAGCUGAGCAGCCCCCUGGUUUCCAAGUGCGUGAGGCCAUCUGGAGAUCUCUCUGGCCUUCAGAGGAGCUCCUGGCCACAUCUUUUUGGGGCUCCCUGGAAACGCUGUACCACUCCCGCUUCCUGGGCCGAGCCCAGCUGCACAGCAACCUCAGCCUGGAGCUUGGACCCCUGCAGGCUGGGGACAGUGGCAACUUCUCCGUGCUCAUGGUGGACACCGGUGGCCGGGUCUGGACCCAGACCCUGCAGAUCAAGGUGUAUGAUGCAGUACCCAGGCCCAUGGUUCAAGUCUUCAUUGCUGUACCAGGGGAUGCUCAGCCCCCCAACACCUGCCAGGUCUUCUUGUCCUGCUGGGCCCCCAACAUCAGUGACAUAACCUACAGCUGGCGACAGGAGGGAAUGAUGGACUUUGGUGUUGGAACGCACAGCCUCUUCACAAAUGGGCAGGUAUUGAGCCUUUCUCUGGGACUCAGAGACAAGGACGUGGCCUAUUCCUGCGUUGUCUCCAACCCUGUCAGCUCGGACUUGGUCACAGUCACCCCCUGGGAGAGCUGCCAUCAUGAAGCAGCACCAGGGACGGCCUCCUACAAGGACGUGCUACUGGUGGUGGUGCCGAUCUCACUGCUGCUGCUCCUGGCAGGAGUCUUCGUGUGGCACAGUGGCCUCUGCUCAGGGAAAAAGAAGAAUGCCCAUACUGACGAAGUAGCUCCAGAGACAGAGAAUCCCCUUGUGCAGGACGUACCGUGAGGGACAGUCUAAGCUGAUGGCUGGAUCUUGAGGAGCCUCCCUGUCCGAGCACAUGAUGAUCAGGAGCAUAGCUGUCAGUAAAGACCACCAAAGGCCUCAUACCUUCCAGGAGACCCCUGUUCAACCUCCAAGGAACACGCCGGACAGCCAUCACACUAGAAGGAUAAAAAGUACUGGCACAAACUUUCAUGCCUCUCCUUUUUUUUCUCCCCUCUUUACACACUCUGGUCUUCUCUGAGCCAGAUGAGCCUAACAAAAUGUUCCCUCAGGAACACUGAAAGCUCUCCAGGAUCCACGGGGACAUUGAUUGUCCAAGCAUUCACUCCCCCACCACUACACAUGCGGUGUUACCUGACUACAGAAACAGAUUGCCUCUACCCUGUGUCCUGGGCUCCAAAUGACACUGGACAUUAGCACUUGCAAGAAAACUGAAUCACCCUCUGCAGCCCCAGCUUGAGAUGAUAAGAAAUGUCCAGAAUACAUGUAGGUGAGAAAGACAAAGGUUUCUCUUUCUGGCCUGAAAAGCAUUCAGGACCCCUGAGUUCAUAGCCCCUCUAAGACAAAUUCCAGCUAUAGAUAACCAAUGAUGCUUGACAUCCAUGCUCAGAAUGGCAGCUGCCCAAUUAAUAGACACCAUUUCCAAUGACCCUCACACUUCCUAACGGAUCUGAGGAGGUUCUCUCUUCAUUCCCUAGCACAGUGGCCAGGAAAGGAGAUGCUGAAUUGUCCCACCCAACAGGAAGUUCUUGAGCAACUUUAAGAAAAACAGCUGAGCUCAGAAGAAAUCUUUCUCUUUGAGACUUGAAGAGGGAAGAACCAGGAAAAUCUACACAGAAAGAAAAUUAUGGAGAAGGAUGCUGAGGCAUUUUAGAAGCUUCUACAUUGAUUUUUCAGAUGCAAGUGCAGAAGAUCUACCCAAAUUCAAGGGGGGAGACAAAGAUCUUCUGCUCAGCAGGAGGAUUGUCAAUAUCACUUUGACACAAGAUGGAAAAUGUUACUGUGGCCAUCUCUGUGAAAUACAUUCUGCCACUGAGCAACUCCGCCUGGAAAAGCUCCAGACUAUUUAUUGCCACUGGAAAAAACUUGAUGAGCUAAAUUUACAUUCAAGGAUUAGUAGCUAAUAAAGCUCAUGGUUUUUCCCACUAAAAUGAAACUGGACUUUAUUCCAGGGACUUACUCAAGUCUUAAUACUAGACAAGAAGGAAGCAUUGAAGAAACAAGGGCAAGUUUGGGGUAUUUUCCCAGCCAGGCUUUAGCAUCUCCCCUUGGCCUGUCAGUCCUGUACUCAGACCUUCUCCUUCCUCCUGGUGCCCCAGGAAGUCACUUCAUUUUGGAUGAAUGAUCAGCACAACUGGUUUCCAGAUUCACAUCACCACUCCUCCAUUUGAUUGUUCCUGGAUUUUCCCUUCCUGCUCACUCAGAGGCCCCCUGUCAGUCACCAGCCUUUCCUUAAUCCUCACCCCUUUCUAGCACCCAUUUCUCUCCUAUCACCUUUCCUCAAGCCUACCUGUUCAGUGAACAGGCCCACGUCUGCCCUCACCUGCCAUCUAGAGGCAUUUCUCAUGUCAGGUCCCUAAAAAUAAUGUGAGAAAGAUCUAGCGAUGAGCCGCGAUGAUUUCUGCAGAGAGAUACCACUCCCCACCUCUUUUCCCUUGAUCCCCAGGGCUUUACCUCAGAUCAGAAAGGUUCUGAAUAGAGUGGGACCCAUAUUUCUCCCUGCACAAGGUGACCCUUAGUGACCUUGCAUGGAUGGGGUUUUUGUAAUGAGUUGUACCAGGGCCUCUUUGAACAGACCAAGUUGCUCAAAUAAACCAUCCCAUCCCCAAUGA